AGCUGGGGGCCAAAUUGGCCGAGGCGUGCUCGCUUUCCGGGCCGGCGCGGAGGGAGUCGGAAGAUUCCUGGCCUAUUUUCUGAAACUCAGCCUUGGGGAAGGGACGAAGCAAGAUCUCAUCCUGACGGUGCACCAUACUCUUGCCUUAUUCCCACUCCGGCGACCCCGGAGGCGGAAGCUACGGACGCGGAAGUGACCUGCUGUUGCCGAGGGGCCGGGCAGAUGCCAACAUGGCAGCGGUUGGGGUUAGCGGUGCCAGCGCAGCAGCCGGACCGGGGGCGGUCUCUGCGGGGUCGUUGGCAUCUGGAACCGCGAGUGCCGCCCACAGACGCCUCAAGUACAUAUCCCUAGCUGUGCUGGUGGUCCAGAACGCCUCCCUCAUCCUCAGCAUCCGCUACGCCCGCACGUUGCCCGGGGACCGUUUCUUUGCCACCACUGCGGUGGUCAUGGCGGAAGUGCUCAAGGGCCUCACCUGCCUGCUGCUGCUCUUCGCACAGAAGAGGGGUAAUGUGAAGCACCUGAUUCUCUUCCUCCACGAGGCCGUCCUGGUGCAGUACGUGGACACGCUCAAGCUAGCGGUCCCCUCCCUCAUCUACACUCUGCAGAAUAACCUCCAGUACGUUGCCAUCUCCAACCUCCCAGCAGCCACCUUCCAGGUGACGUACCAGCUGAAGAUCCUGACUACGGCGCUGUUCUCAGUGCUCAUGCUGAACCGCAGCCUCUCCCGGCUGCAGUGGGCCUCCCUGCUGCUCCUCUUCACUGGUGUGGCCAUCGUCCAGGCACAACAGGCUGGUGGGGGCGGCCCACGGCCCCUGGAUCAGAACCCCGGGGCAGGCCUAGCAGCUGUUGUAGCCUCCUGUCUCUCCUCGGGCUUCGCAGGCGUCUACUUUGAGAAGAUCCUCAAAGGCAGCUCAGGAUCUGUGUGGUUGCGCAACCUGCAGCUGGGCCUUUUUGGCACAGCCCUGGGCCUGGUGGGGCUCUGGUGGGCUGAGGGCACUGCAGUGGCACGUUUUGGCUUCUUCUUUGGGUACACACCUGCUGUCUGGGGUGUGGUACUCAACCAGGCCUUUGGCGGGCUCCUGGUGGCUGUUGUUGUCAAGUACGCUGACAACAUCCUCAAGGGCUUUGCCACCUCCCUGUCCAUUGUGUUGUCCACUGUUGCCUCCAUUCGCCUCUUUGGCUUCCAACUGGACCCAUUAUUUGCCCUUGGCGCUGGAUUGGUCAUCGGUGCCGUCUACCUCUACAGCCUGCCCCGAGGUACAACCAAAGCCAUAGCUUCUGCCUCCUCCUCCUCCCCUUCUUCCUCGGCCUCCGGGCCCUGCAUUCACCAGCAGCCUCCAGGGCAGCCGCCACCACCACAGCUGUCUUCCCACCGCGGAGACCUCAUCACGGAGCCCUUUCUGCCCAAGUCAGUGCUGGUGAAGUGAGGACUGCCAGUGGUGGGGAGGCCAGGGAGGGGGACCGCGGUGGAGGGCAUCGGGCAUCUGCAGCACCCCAGUUACCCCCAGGGCCUGGCUCCACUGGGUUUGGAACACCUUGGUCUUUCCUCCCAGGUCGUUGAGACUUCCCAAGGGGUGCCAGGUGUCACGUGAACCCUUCCUGCUCGGCCGCACCCCUCUGCUGGAGGGGAUUUUAGAGCUGCUGCCUCUGCCCCACUGUCACGUUUUUGGAGGACAGGGUUGGGAGUGUUGUUCAAGGCCUUUUUUUAUCCUGUUCCCCUCUGCUGAAGGUGUCCUGGGGAGUCCCUCCCAGCUGUCCCUCUGCAGCUGUAAGGACAGACUGACAACGUGCAGCUCUAAGAUCUGUCCUGUGGGGUUCAAUUUCUCAUCAUUAGAGGCCUUCUCUCCCUUCCCCGGACCCCCAUCAGAAGCCCCUCUGGCCUUUAUGUGUGUGGCCUUCCCUGACCUUUGAGGGUCCAUGGAGCAGGCAAGAGGCAAAAGCUGAUUUUUCUAUCAGCCUAUCUUGUGACAGAGUACAGGAGGGCCACUUAUUUUGCAGCAGGCUCGGGAUUUCUGGUGUAAUGAGGCCAAUUAAGGAUGCAAGGUGUGGGAAAGCGGGGGGGGGGGGGGGGGGUCCUCUGGAAGUGGCCGAAUCCAUCUUGAGGACACUGUCAGUUGAUGGAAGCAGGGUCAUUUUCUGAUAUCCAGAGAGGACAAAGAAAGGCCACAGCCAUCCUCUGGGUACCCUCACUCCUUGGGGGAGGAGGACUUGGACUCCAUGCCCUGUGGAACCUGCUCCCGGCACUCCCCAAAGCUUAUUAACCCCUUAACCAUGUCCUGGGCCAGGGAGGGGAGGUGUGAGUGCACGCACGGAGAUCCCUGCCCCCCCUCCCCACCCCUGGGCUGGCUCCGCUAUUUGUAAAUAUGGCCAUUGGAUCUUUAUUUUUGAUUAAUUUGUCUGAUUUGUUUGUUUUCUAAGGAACUGUGAUGGAAAAAAAAUACCAGGCUACCCAAUGCCAAAUAAAGAUGUUGUAUUUAUUUA